AUGGGUCCUUUGAUGAACGGCAUUCUUUUUCAGCCUGUGUUAACAAUGCUAUCAAGAAUUACACAAUGUGAUCAUGGAUCAGGACCAAAUUUAACUGAUUCUUAUUUUAAUUACGACUGUCAUUUUUCAUGCUGAAAAUCACAACAUGUUACAAUUUUAGCUGAAACAAUAUUUAUAGUUUUCAUAUACAUAGCAAUUUCAAUUAAAAUAAGACCCUUAUGGCAAGAAAAUCAAUUUGAUUUAAAUAUAAAAGAAGACCCAUCAUGCAUGGCAAUUAAAGCUGCAGUCCAAAUAUCCCUUAUAGCUGUAUAUGAAACACUCAAAAAGACUAAUCAAAUUGUCCAUUGCUCUAUUUAUUUGUUUAUUAUGAUUUGUUUUGUAAUUUUCAUAUCGAUCCGAAAAAGUUUUAAUUAUGACCGUGCAAGUUUACUACAAGUCUCUUUAAUAGUAUGUGUUAUAUGGAAUAGCACUUUAAGCUUGGCUUAUAUGGUAAUGAAUAAUGGACAUCCUUAUAUAUGAACUGCUACGCAAUUUUUAGGAAUUUUUGGGAUAAUCAUGUGCAGUUUGUUCGUAGAUACAAGAUUAAAGAAGAAUAUGCUAAUAAAAAAAGAAGGCAAAAGUAUAGUUGAGCUAUUCAGAUUUUCGUUAAUGGGGGAUAGUUUUUGGAGUAAAAGCUCAAUGGCGAUGAGUUUUGAACAGAGAUUUAGGCGCAUCUAUAGCAGUGAGCAAGAAUUUAUAAGGGUAAAUGCAGUUUUCCCGAUUGAUGCUGAAGAUUCACCUCGUAUGCUAUAUAUUUCUUAUGAUAAAGGUGAUGAUAGCAAUGAGAGAAUAGGUUUAUCUUCAAUUUAA